AUAAGAGUUAGCUGUUUUUUUUUAAAUUAAUUACCGUCAUGUCAUGGAAGAAAAUACUAUGAGUUUUUCCACAGAAUUUAGAAUACUAUUAAUCUAAAAGUAUUUAGUAAUCUAACCCUUUAGUAAAAACGUUAUUCUCUUAUUAUCCGCGGAAUAUUUUUUCUUUGUGUUGUCUCGUUCUUUCAAUAUCAAAUAUUGAAAAGAAAAACUACUCCAAGCCUAAACAGAGAACUAAAUUUGUAUUAAUAAAGCGGUAAGUGUUGGUUCCGACUGUCUCGUCACAGAACAUGUAUCUUAAAACAUGAAAUAAAAAAUAUAUUUUCAUAACUUUCCAAUUUUGAACGCUGCUGGGUCCAGUGUGCGUGUGUGUGGGCCAUUUUGUGCCCAAAUACAUAAAUCUAAUUUCACCAACUAAAAACACACAUGUAAUUUCGAAAAAUACCAGUCCAAUACACCUAAUUUGACACUUGACUAUGAAAAGUCCGCCAUAUUUAUGCGGAUUAAUAAGCAAGAGAUUACUUAUCAGUGCCUACCAUUCGGCCAUAAAAAAUAAUUAAACACAUUCGCUACGAAUUGCAUUUAAAAAGGCAAUUUUCUUUGAAAAUAGUCGAUCGAAAUGAUAAGGUGGCUCUUGUUUUGUUGUGCUUUGGUUUUGGCGGAAGAAAAUUCGACGGAUUCGUCGAAUGAAACGUUGAGGAAAGCGCUCAUACCAAAAAGUUGGACUCCACCGUUCCUGAAUCCAAAAUUUAAUCAAAGAACGACUCGAGUCAGGUACUAUCUAAGCAAGCAAUACAAUGACAGUCUAAAAUUCACGACCACACCGUCAUACCAUACGAAAGCUGUUACUACCCCAAAUCCAUUCUAUCAUACGAAAGGUGUGGCUAAAUACGACUAUGAUAUUGUUAAAGCAGUGCGACAAGAUUUUAUGAUGGGCCCAAGAAAACCGGUUGCCAGAAACGAAGCUCCAAAGAAUACGGAUAAUGCAUACGAAUUUGAACAUAUAAAUGAGACUUUAGCAAGGACGGGAAAAUGGCAAGAGUACAGGGACCGCACGGACAGGGAAAAAAUUAUAAAUCACCCAGACUGGCAAGGCAGAUUGAAUAGAAUUGCGGCGUGGCUGAGGGCUAUCAGAAUAGAGCAGGAUGAAAAGGAUAGAAUUAAAUUCUCAUACAGAAAAUCUGGCAAAAACUUCACCGAUCUGUUUUCACUCAGUGACGCCGGCGACAAUUCUACUAAUUUGUUUCCAUUCAGUGAAGCUCGCAAAAAUUCUACUGACUUGGACACGAGAAGGGUGAGUAAUAAUCAUUGUACAAACGAUUUUCAUUAUUAUCUAUUUUAUUAAUUAAUUCAUAAUCACACUUAAACUACAUACAAAAAUAAUCUACAAAAAGCCUUAACAGGUUUAUACAUACAUACUUAUAUUCGCUUACAUACUUAAGACAAUACCUAAGAUUAUACCAUUCAUACUGCAGGCACACGUCACGUCUUAUGUUUUUAGUAUUUAAAAUGUAAGGUAGGUUAUGCUUUUUAUAACGCAUCGGAACGAGAUGCUACUGCGUCAAGGUAGAUAAGUGUGAGUUGUUUCUGUUAACAGAUUGAUACAUCACUGAAAAAUAUUUUUAAUUUAUUCUUUAUGUUUUUAUUCGCUCCCUUGGGUGUUUUGAGCCUACAGCAAUCUUGGAUAAUGUACCUUUCUGACGGUGAAAUAAUUUUUGAAAUGGAAUCGGUUCGGUAGUUUCGGAGAUUACCUACCCGCCUCAAACACAAACUCACAAACGCUUACCUCUUUAUAAUAAUAGUAUAGAUUAUGUCUUUUAAUCAUAGCCUUCUGUGUGAGACCAAAUACUUACUGUUAAAUGAGUUUAUUUUAGUGUUUCUUUUCUUCAGCGGUCGUUCCGAUAUUAUAGUUUGUAUUUAACAAACUGACCUCCACAAAUCGAUUGUAAGGAUAUUGGUUCGUGUUGAGAAUUGUAAAUGAAUCACAGCGUUUUAAUGGC